AUGUCUUCAAUUAAAGUUGGUAUAAUUGGAGGAUCUGGUUUGGAUGAUCCAAAUAUCCUUGAGAAUCAGGAAGAUAUUCAUGUUGAUACCCCUUUCGGUAAACCAUCUGAUGCUCUUCUUAAAGGCAACAUUUGUGGCGUUCCUUGCGUUCUUCUCCCAAGACAUGGACGUAAACACAACAUCAUGCCUGGAAACAUCAACUUCCGUGCCAAUUUGUGGUCUCUGAAGCAAGCUGGUUGCACACACGUCUUGGCCUCAAAUGCCUGUGGUGGUCUUCAAGAGCAUACCCAUCCAGGGGACUUGGUCGUCCUCGAUGACUUCUUUGAUCGUACCCAUAACCGCAGGCAAACCUUUUAUGAUGCCGAAUCAAAUCAUCCGGAGGGUGUUGUUCACAUUCCUUGUGGUGAAAUCUACUGCCAACGCACUCGUAUUUAUCUUCCAUUGAAACAUGUUGUUUUGGUGUCUAUUUGCCUAAGAAUCGCCUACCGUUUGUUGAGUACCACUUUAGUUAAAGAUGGGGACAAUUUGUUUAGAUUUCUUUUUAACGCUGUAUUGACUAAGGCUGCCAGAAAGUAUGUCCCCAAGAUCUACGUUCCAGGUCAGCCUCGUGACGAGCAUGACGGUCCCCAUCUCCACUUAAAAGGCAGUUGUGUCACAAUCGAGGGUCCUCGUUUUUCGAGUCGUUGUGAGUCCAAAAUUUUCCAUCGGGAUGGCUUCGAUGUCAUCAACAUGACCAACGUACCCGAAGUAAUCUUGGCAAAGGAAGCUGGUCUUUCCUAUGCUGCUCUUGCCAUUGUUACUGAUUAUGACGCCUGGCAUGAAAGUCGUGAAGCUGUGAGCGUGGAGACCGUGGUUGCCAACUUCAAGAAGAGUGCUGAGACUGUCAAGCGCAUUUUCGUUGAAGCCAUCAAGUUGUUGAAGGAGGAGAAAUGGGAUGAUGUACUUGCAGUCAAUAAGACCUUCGCUGAGAAGGCACGUCAGGAUGUGCACUAA